UUCUAAUUGUAACGUCUUUUCCUUUUAUAUUGUUAUAAUAUGGAUUUAAGUUAGUUUACGAUUUAAAACAUGAAUUUCUUAUCCUCUGUGUUAUAGUUUUUUAAUAGAAACAACUGUCUGGUUUUGUAUUCUGUCUGUUCUAGACCAUGGCUAAUGUUCAUGAAAGCUUGUAUUUUAAUCCCAUGAUGACAAAUGGGGUUGUACAAGCAAAUGUUUUUAGUAUUAAAAACUUCGUGACACCUUAUAAGAUUGCACUACUUGUGUUGUUGGAUGAGAUAACGUCAGCUCAGAUAACACUGGUAGAACGAAGACGCUUAAAUAAACUCAUAUUGCCUCUUCUGCAGGGACCAGACAUGACUCUUUCUCAGUUAAUCAAUACCAUAGAAGAGUGCUGUUCUCAAGUAGCAAGUGCAGUUUACAUAAGAGUACAGCUGAUAGCUGAAGGAGAACUGAAAGACAUGGAGGAGUUCUUCUUUGCUGUUCCAAGUGCUUACAAUGGCACAGAGCCAGAAGUACAGAAAACCAGUGUAGUAGAAAAAAAAAAACAAGGAGUUGAUCCUCAGGCAAAAAUGAAGAGAAACAUUUAUACAAUGGUCAGUAGAAGUGAAGAUACUUUCUGUAGAGGUCCUCUUUCACAGAAACAGGCAGAGUACUUCCUUACUCAGCAGGCAUAUCUGCUGAAGAAUGAUGAAAACAGAGCCCUGAGUCCUUCAGCUUUGCAGAAGGAUCUGAAUAAUUUACUGAAAUUUAAUCCAGAUUUUGCAGAAGCACAUUACCUAAGUUAUUUAAAUAGUCUUCGUGUCCAGGAUGUUUUUAGCUCAACCCACAGCCUUCUGCAUUUCUUUGAUCGUCUAAUCCUUACUGGAAGUGACAGUAAAAGCAAUGGAGAUGAAGGUCAUGGCCGAAGUUUAAGAUAUGCUGCUCUCAAUCUUGCUGCAUUGCAUUGCCGCUUUGGACACUAUGGUACAGUAACAGAACCUUCUGACAAAACUAUAGGCCUCAAAGGAGGGUUAUUAAAGUCUUUAUGCACCUUAGGGAAAAGUGAGAGAAAACUUAAACAGAGGUUGUACGAACAUCCCUAUGACAUUAAAAUGCAACAUGAAAAUAAUGCCCUUUUUAAACAUACUUGUGUAUGUACAGGAGCUGAAUUUGGAUUUCUUGCUUUGGAUACAGUAGCUAUUGACCCUAGUGGUGGACCAUGGGACACAAGGAUUGAGCUGUGUCUUCAGAGUUUUGAGAGAAGAAAAUCCAUUUUCACACCUAAGUUAAAAGCCUUAAAGGUCAUCAUAUUUUUUCAGUUUAACGUAACGAUGUUUCCACAUUUUUCUUGGCAGAGUUGGCUUGCACUGUUAGAAGAGAAGACUGGAUCUGAUAGCUCAGUUCUUUUAGAACAUUCUGUGAAGAAGGCUGUGCAGUUCAGUUUACCAUACUUGGCUUCUCUUGGCAUUCAAUCAUUAGUGCAACAAAGGGCAUAUAGUGGAAAGACAGCAAAUAAACUAAUGGAAGCUCUGAAAGACUCUGACAUGUUGCACUGGAAACACAGCUUGUCUGAACUCAUUGACAUCAGCAUUGCCCAGAAGACUGCCAUUUGGGGAAUGUUUGGUCAAAGUACCAUGGCAUUUCUACAAGCUCAGAUACUUCUAAGUAUGAACAGUCUAGAGGCCAUGAAUAGCAGUACUCAGCAGAGUAAUACUGAAGCUUUUGCUGUAGUACUUUGUCACCUGGCUGAGCUUCAUGCUGAACAGGGCUGCUUUGCUGCUGCAUCAGAAAUUUUGAAGCAUUUAAAGGAAAGGUUUCCACCACAUAGUUCACACGCUAAGCUCCAAAAUUGGCUUCUCUUCCAAUUCCUGCAGUUUCAGAAUCCCAUGUCCUGUGAGGGUAAAUACCAUGUGGCAGAGUCACUAGUGACUGGAAUUACAGCACUUAAUCAUAUGGAGGGUCUGUAUAGAAAAGCACUUGUUUGGAAAGCUCAGAAUCAAACACCUGAAGCAUGCAAAGUUUUACAGAGCCUACUUAUCCUGUGCCAGAAGAGGAGGAACACAGAAAUGUUAAUCAGGGUAAUAUUGCUAAUCAGUGAACUCUACUGUAGAUCUUCCUGCCACACAGUUGCACUGCCACUGCUUCUGAAAGCACUUGCUUUGUCUCGGGAGUACCAACUCCAGUAUUUGGCUUCUGAGACCAUUCUUCAUUUAGCAUGCUCACAGCUGAUGCUUGGAAUUCCAGAACAAGCUCUGAGUAUACUGCACAUGGCAAUCGAACCUAUUCUUGCUCAUGGGUCUGUGCUAGAUAAAGGUCGGGCUAUGUUUUUAACUGCCAAAUGUCAGGUUGCUUCAGCUGCGGCUUUAAGUCAUGAUCUUAGAAAAGAAGCUCUGCAAUCAGCUAUUCAAAAUCUCAAUGAAGCCAAAGCAUAUUUUGUGGAAGUGGACUGUAAAGAACGAAUGAGAGAUGUUUUUUAUUUUCAGGCUCGUUUGUUUCAUAGCUUGGGAAAUCUACAAGAAAGAAAUAAAUGUGCUAUGCUGUUUCGACAACUCGAUCAGGAACUUCCUUCCCAUGGAGUGCCUCUCAUAACACGUCUUUAGUUAUUGCACUUGGGUGGUGGUUAGUAAUUGUUGUAAUAACCAGGCAUUCCUUUUGUGGUCAUCAAAAGACUGAGUUACAGUAAAAUUAUUUUAAAGGCCAUGUGGCAUAUUAGUUCAAUGUGUUAUUAAAGAAAUUUGUUGGAUCCAUUUUCACAAAA